GGGCCCUGGAGAAACCGUGCGUUUCCAGGAAGCCAGGCCCAGAAGUACUUUAAGGUUCAUGCCAUGCGAGGCGAACAGUGAAAGCAGGCUACCAAUCGGCCCGUUUUAACACGUCCUAGUAGAACGAGGCUACCAGAGCUUUGCUCGCGGGGCCUGCUAGUCUCCUACUUAAGCAUCCACGGGACGUGCCGGCGAUCUGUCGCCCCACGAAACAUUGGAAGUGCGCUGCGUCCUCCCCAGGAAACAUCAGAAUUCGACAUGCAUUGCCCAACCGCAUGCUGAUGGAAAAUUCACGGGUAAAACAACCGUUUGAGAUUUCACGGCUUGAGGGGACGCAUGCCGGCAUGCGUGCUGUCGCUCACUCUUACGCCAGCGGAGUUAGGUCUCGCUGGGUUUGGCCCAACGUCGGCGAACUGGUCUUGCAAGUUGCCCUCUUCUUUUUGUCUUAAAACCACUGAUCUACUGAUAUCCACUUUGUUACUCUCGUUGAAUUUACCACAGUAGACUGGUUCAUCGCUGUAGGAGCGAGCUGCAUGCAUGGUUCGCCAAAAAUGAACCCAUCUUUGUAACCGGCAUCUUGCCGUCCUCUUCUUUAAAUGGAUGAUACGCAUGCUAUGCGUAUUCGCCAAGAAAAAUGCGUCGAUCUUGAGCUAGGAUUUCGUUAUGACGCUGAUGGGCAGUACGUUAGCGCAGAGCCAGUCAAAAACUAAACUCCACGACAACUCGGCCAGUUGCAUUUUCAUUUUUUAGGUGAGAUGCAAGUUGCAUUUCUUACAUGAUGAAAAGGCUACCUACUGAUGAACAGAACGUUUUGUUUCAUCCACAUUGUUAAUCCAGCGCCGAGGCCAAGUCAAUCCAAAUAGUACUAAGUUGUGUUUCUCUGCUAUAUAACUACGUACAGAAUCAUGAACAGAACUGCGUACACAAUACAUUUGUAGCAGAGAAACACAAACGCUUACUUUUUGCAUGAUCGCUUGCAAACAUUGCAAGAACCCAAGAGUACCAUGGUGAUCAGCUUCAGUUGCUCAGCAAGUAGAAAACUGACGGGGAUCUUGGCCUUGCUGUUCAUGAUGACCCGAGUCUAUGGCCAGUCUACUUCGGGUGAUGUGCCCCACUGCAUUUUUUAGUUUACUUUGGAGUGCAAUUUAAGAAACACUUCCCACUUUACUGAAGCCUUAGCGAUAACAUACUAGGAGUAUUAUCUACUGAAUAUCUAGUCACACCAGCCAUGAUCUUGGCGUAGAUCUUAAACUUGAAACACAUGAAACUGAUACAAAUUCUCCUUGUGCAGGGUUCAUAAGCAUCGAUUGCGGAAACAGACGCACCUACAACGACAGCCCAACAGGAAUACAGUACCAUUCUGAUCAUGGAUUUGUCGAUGGUGGAUUGAGCCACAAGAUUUCAACGGAGUUCAUGGCUGAUGCCACGAAUGAGCAACAAAAAACCUUGAGAAGCUUCCCUCAGCGCUCAAGGAAUUGCUACACGCUGCCAUCCGCCACUGGUAAGAAGUUUCUGGUGAGGGCCUUGUUUACUUACGGCGACUAUGAUGGGUUGAACAGUACUAUGAGCGGGUCGCUUUUUCGGUUUGGGCUCCAUAUCGGUGUCAAUUUCUGGGAGGCGGUGAACUUGACAAAUUCAGAUCCAUCAAACACAAUAUGGAAGGAGGUGCUCACUGUUGCACCUGGCAACAACCUGUCGGUCUGUUUGAUAAACUUCGGUACAGGGACACCGUUCGUGUCUUCGUUGGAGCUGAGGCCACUGCAAGAUGUGAUGUACCCUUUUGUGAAUUCUUCGGUGUCAAUCAGCUACUUUAUACGGAUCAGAUUUGGUAACAUGACAACAAACCUUAUCACAAGAUAUCCGAUGGACGAUUAUGACCGGUUCUGGGAGAGCUCUUCUUCCUCCUACGCCACCUACCCCUUUCUCAGCCGGACCACUAGCAAUGAAGUGAGGAGGCUCCCAGGCAAUGACGCCUUCCAGGUACCGCAAGCCAUCCUCCAGAACGCCACGACCCUAGACACGAACUACACCUUUUUCAGCGUUGUCGUGGCGGCGGGUCCCAACCUGGACUCAACGAACCUGCAGCUUCUCCCGAUCUUCCACUUUGCCGAGGUCGUUGACAACAAUCCAAAUAGGUCGUUCAACAUCUACAGCGGCGACGAAAUGUUGUUCCCAGACUUCUCACCUUCGCGAUCCCAGGUGGACAGCAUGCACCAGAAUGGGCGCUUCUUGCAUAACCCCGCAGCCUCCUUCCUUCUGAACAAGACCAACAACUCGGUGCUCCCACCGCUCAUCAAUGCGUUCGAGCUGUACUCUCUAGUUCGGAUGGAUAACCUCACGACUGACUCCAACGACGUCAGUUACAUCAAAGAAGUGAAGAAGCACUACAAUUUGGCACAAAUAAACUGGAAUGGAGAUCCAUGCUCCCCAAGAGAGUAUUCCUGGGAAGGUUUGAUUUGCAGCUACCCUAAGAGCAACCAGAAUCCAAGAAUAAUUGCAGUAAAUCUGUCUACCAGUGGACUGAAAGGUGGAUUAACCAUAUCAUUCAUGAACAUGUCAUCACUGAUAAACUUGGAUUUAUCACACAACAAUUUGACAGGAGCUAUUCCAGACUACCUAGGGUCACUCAGAGUCCUCAACUUGUCAAAUAACCAGCUUGAUGGACCGAUCCCUGAUUUUAUUCUUCAAGGUUUUCAGGCCGGCCUGCUUGACUUAAGAUUAGAAGGCAAUCCCCUAUGCUCAAAAGUCAAAGAUGCAUACUGCUCAAAUAAGAAGAACACCAUACAUAUCAUACUCAUCGCAGUGAUAGUUCCUGUGGUACUGGUAUCCCUCCUAGUAGUGAUGUGCAUACUCUGGAAGUUAUGCUGGAAAGGGAAGUCAGAAGACCAUGAGGAUUAUUCCAUGUAUGAAGAGGAAACUCCACUACAUAUUGAUAUCAGACGGUUCACGUACACAGAGCUGAAGCUCAUAACAAAAGACUUCCAAUCAAUCAUUGGAAAGGGAGGUUUCGGUAUUGUUUAUCAUGGCACACUGGAAAAUGGUGACGAGGUAGCUGUGAAGGUGCUCAUGGAGACAUCAAUAGCAGAGUCAAAAGACUUCCUCCCAGAGGUGCAAACCUUGUCCAAAGUUCAUCACAAGAACCUUGUGACUCUGCAAGGAUAUUGCCAGAACAAGAAGUGCCUAGCACUCGUUUAUGAUUUUAUGCCCAGAGGAAAUCUUCAACAGCUUUUAAGAGGAGAUGACUAUAGUUUGAAUUGGGAACAACGGCUUCAUAUUGCACUUGAUGCUGCACAAGGCCUUGAGUAUUUACAUGAGUUAUGCACCCCAUCAAUAGUGCACAGAGAUGUGAAGACCCCAAACAUCCUUCUGGACAAUAAUCUGGUGGGGGUAAUAUCUGAUUUUGGGCUUUCGCGGGCUUUUAAUGAUGCUCACACACACAUAUCUACUGCUGCUGCUGGCACUCUUGGCUACCUCGACCCUGAGUACCAUGCAACUUACCAACUCACUGUCAAGACAGAUGUUUACAGCUUCGGCAUCGUGCUCUUGGAGAUCAUCACCGGCCAAUCCCCAGUAGUUAUGGACCCUCAAACUGUCCACCUCCCAAAUUGGGUGCGGCAAAAGAUAGCUAACGGCAGCAUUCACAAUGUUGCAGACAAGAAACUGCUGGAUCUGUACGAUGCCAGUUCCCUGCAGAGUGUAGUGGACCUGGCCAUGAACUGCCUCGAAAACGCAGCCAUCAACAGGCCGACCAUGACCGAGGUUGCUUCAAGGCUCAAAGUGUGGUUGCCAGCUGUUUCUGGGGCCCCUCGACACACGGACUCCAUGGAUACUGAAAUUCCAAGGCAGUUCCGGCUGAUGAUUUCAAGAGCAAGAAACGAGGGGAUAUCCUUCCAGUCUGGCUAUACCAAUGGGAUUUCACAAACGAGCCUCUUUUCUGGACGGUGAAAGGGAGACGCCUACUGUGUUUAUUGUUGGAUCCUCUUAGAUAAUGUUUGGUAAUUUGCUUAACUGCGUUCAUUGAUCGUCCGUAAACUGGAAUUUAGUAAUUGUAUGACUUUCAGAUUCUAAUAUUGCUCGUUUCUACCGGUAAUAGUGUUCAAGCAUGAAGCUGCUCGUACAUCAAGACCUAACCCCUUCCAUUUGAGAACUCGGUGGCCCAUUAAUUAGUGCCCGUACAUCAAGUCCACAGCAAUCCUAAGACAAGUGGUCUGCUUACACACUGCCGCCUAAGGAUUCGUCCUUUUAUUCCCCAUUCUCUCUUGGGAGCAUGUGGAUUCAAAUCUAAAGUACUGGUUUGUUCUACCAAACCAUCCGAGCAUCUGCGGAGUUUUUCAACUAACACAGCACUACAUGCGAUGGCACACAAGUUGGAGCCUGAGGACCUGAGCAGAAAUGGCACAU